GCGCGCACCAGGCGAAUUUUCUCUAUGGUAUAUCCAGCUCUCUCGAUAGGAUGCCAGGAGCAUCAAGACGAUUUAACUUGUCAAAAUUUGUCCGAUGGAUUGAGUUCAGCACGGACAGCGAGUGAUAAUCAGUGUCCAACAAAAUGGCUCGUCGUUCGGACAUGUGCUCUUGUGGAGAGCCCGACGCUGUACGGUGAAAGUACUGUCAAGCGGUGUACAGAGUUCAACCACAACACUUCACACUGACCCUCGUCCCCCCCAGGGCCGAGCACAUUGGUUCUGGACACUAGCCUGCGCCCUCGUUAUUAGGCGACCGGCGCAUUUGGAACUAUCUCGGGUACCUAGGAAGGGUUCUCUUCGUGGAUAUAUCCAUGGAACCUUGUCAAGAUGGUCUACAUUGUCUUGUGCACUUUAUUCAUACUAUCUUCCCUUUCCAUGGCAAGACGACUGGAAGCCGGCACAGGGAAAAAGCCAAACUGUGAUAGCGACUCCUCCAAGGAUCAAAGUCAACUCAACUCUUUUUUGUGGACAAUUCACCGCGACCCGCCAUCGUAUUUCUUCGGGACAAUUCACGUGCCCUACACAAGAGUGUGGGAUUACAUUCCCAGCAACACCAAACAUGCAUUUCGCCAAGCCGGUAAUGUAUUCUUUGAGUUGGACUUGACAGAUCCUUACACCAUCACGUCCCUUGCCAAUUGUCAGCUGUUGCCCCAUGGGGCCAAUCUCUCGGACGUGCUACCUAGGGACAUAUAUAUCCGUCUGAAGGAACAUUUAGAAUAUGUCCGCCUCAUGAUGCCAGGGUGGAUGUCGGCGGAUCAGAAGGGCAGGGGCCUGUAUGCCGACUAUUUGUUUAAUGCUAUUGCCGGAAACUGGGAGAGGAAGCGACCAGUUUGGGUGAUGCUUAUGGUUAAUUCCCUCACAGAAAGUGAUAUCAAAUCCCGAGGGAUCCCUGUUUUGGAUUUAUACCUUGCGCAGUCGGCAGAACGGAUAGGUAAAGUCACUGGAGCUGUUGAACGUGUCGAAGAACAGUGUGUGCCGCUCAACGAACUAGAUUUCUCCCAGGUGCUGUUUGCCCUGAAUCAGACGCUGUUUCAACACGAAGCAUAUCGGACCACAAAAGGAUCUGUUCCGUAUACAACGGAGGACCUAAUAGACCAUUAUAAUUGUGGAGACCUCAACUCAAUCAUAUUUAACCAUGAUACGGCGCAGGUCCCGAAUCUGGUGAACUCAUCUCUCCCGCCAAGUCAGUUAAAGACGGCCAAACGUAUUGACCAGUAUUUUAGAAGUGAACUUAUUGUGAAACGAAAUCAUAGGAUGUCACAGCGAGUCAUGACACUUCUUAAAAAGUAUCCCAAGAAAAGCUUUUUCUUUGCAUUUGGUGCAGGGCAUUUUCUUGGCAACAAUACCAUAAUCAACCAUUUACAAGAAGCAGGAUUCAAUGUCACCCAUACUGCCUCGGAUGAAGAAAUCCCCGUAUUGCCCGAGUCACAUAAUUCUAAGAAAUCCAAUAAACCUCGGAGACACUUUUUGGCAGACAUGACCUCUGAGUUUCCCCUCCCCUCCGAUGUGCUCUACGGAGAUAUACAGUAUCUAUUCAAGAAAAGGAUCAGACAUGAGCAACGGCGCCGCAAACAACGGCGGAAACAGAUGAAGGCGAGGCAGAGACAGAAGCAGCUGGAUGCCCUGUGGAGUAGUCUUGAUGUCGACAGUUUGCCUUUUGACCACAGAGGAAAACGAAAAAGGAAGAAAAAUAGUGGUGGCAGAAAAACAUUCAAUGAUCUGUGGGUCAGGAUGGAGGGAGAUGGGCCCGAUUACCUUCAAGAAGCUGAGACUCCGCCCAAGCACCGACAGACCACAUUUCCUCCUGUCAACAAGUAUUCCUUUUACAAAAGUGGAGCUGGAAACAUCCACUCUACAGCCUUGUUACUGUGCUUGGCAAUAAUGAUAGGCUACACCAACAUAUGAUUGGUCAACAUUAGUCAUGUGACAAUCUUGUGCUGCAGAAAUGAGAAAAAGGACUCUGAUUGGACAAUAAUACAUUAAGUGAUUGAAGAAGAAUUGUGAUUGGUCAGACUGGAAGCUCUGGCUGAUCAAUUGGAUCAUGUGAUGAGCUAUGAUUGGUGAGAUGGGAUCAUGUGAACACCAGAAUCUCUGUGAUUGGUUGGAGAUGUGUAUAUGUGAUAAAGACUUUAUUGUUGUUGAAUUCCAGACUGAGGAAGUCACAGGGAAAGUGGUACAUAAUGCUAUUGUAAUUGUAAUAUAGUUAAACAUAUUAGCUGCCAAAUAUAUUGAGAUAAGUUAUUUGACUUUCUUUGUAUGAUCCACCGUAUCCUGUCCUAUGUAAGUCGGACUCAGAUCGAGUUAUCUGUGGCAGAUUGUCUAUGUAGUUUCAUCUUCCCCAGGCAAGGUAGUAAAAAUCCAGUUUCCACCCUUGCCGACAUAAGCUUGAAUUUUGUGACUCGAUCAUAGUGCCACCAGUGGUUAUGACGAGGUAUGGCUCUUUGAUGUCCCUGCUAUUGACCAAUCAGAUUCCUCCUCUAUUAUCACAUGCAUUUGCUUCCCCGGUUUGGCGGCGCCCAGUCAAGACAAUCUGAUCAAUAAUCAUGAUCUUUAUUGUAAAAUAAAAUGGCUCUUGCCUCGCGAAGUGCUUUAAAUCACAUGGGCACAUUGAUUUAAAACAUGAAAAGAGUUUGAAAAUAUCUCUUGACGCCCAGUUGAUGGUAUACAUGCUCCGCAAAUCCUGCAAUCUACCGAAAUCUGCACGACAGUCACAAUGUUUAUGAACCGGAUGUUGAUAUCAUUACAUAGUUCAGCAAGGGUGGAAACUGGACUGUUAUGGACAGUUAAUUCCCUUACCUCAGGAAGAUGAAGUGGCUUAAGACAUUAUCAGUCUUAUUGCCAUGGGAUGCAUGCAUUGACUAUUGUCUUUGAAGUAAAUUUAUCAAUGAGGCUUAAUAAAAGUAAUUUCAUAAGGGAACCCUCAAGUAAUAAGGAACGUUGAAGUCUCUUUAGGUAGGAAGAGUACAGACUGCAAGAGAUGGAUGGGAUAAAGGGUGCAAAUUGCAUUUGGAUGAACACUUUAUUAAAUACUGUAUUCGAUGUAAUAAGUGCCCAGGGCGCUCUCAAGAAUAGAAAUAGGGGCCUCUUAUUAGAAUAUAAUUUUGGUGAAAGAGUUGAAAGAUAAAUUUCCUGGU